UGACAUUGCAAUUCCUAAAGUCUCGUUGAUGCCGAUGGGAACACAUUUUUGGACGUGUAAGUGUUGCUACAAUCUUUGUCAACAUCCGCAGCCCAGCACAGAGCUAACCAUGGCUAAUCGAUGGGUAGAUUUGCCCAAAUCGCAUCAAUCCCUCUCGGGUAUAACAACCCAGAACUCAACCGCGCCUCUGUGAGCCCAGCCAUGGUCCGCGCCAUCGCCAGCCGGCCGGCUCUCGGGAGCUUCCCUUCAACAGAUUACGCCGAUCUCCUCAAGACCGGCAUCCUGAAAGCCGCCCCGAAAGGUCUGAACCAAGUCUUCACAGCAACCACCGGAUCGGACGCAAACGAGACGGCAUACAAAGCAGCCUGUAUCUGGAAGGGGACCCGCGACCGGGGUGGUAGAGACUUCAGUGCUGCUGAGCUGGAGUCUGUCAUGCUCAACCAGGCGCCAGGCGCGAAGAAAUAUUCGAUAAUGUCGUUUUCAAAGGGGUUUCACGGCCGUCUUUUCGGUAGUCUGUCUACGACUAGGAGCAAGCCGAUUCAUAAGCUCGAUGUGCCAGCUUUUGACUGGCCUGUGGCGCCGUUUCCGCAACUCAAAUACCCUCUCGACCAAUUCGCCUCCGAGAAUGCUGCUGAGGAGAAGAGGUGCCUUGAAGAAACGGAGCGUGUACUGGACGAGGCCAACGAUACCGUUGCCGCGGUGGUGAUCGAGCCUGUCCAGGCCGAGGGCGGCGACAACCACGCGUCCCCCGCCUUCUUCCGUGGUCUUCGGCAGCUUACCAAGCGUAAAGGCGUGUUGAUGAUCGUCGAUGAAGUCCAAACAGGUGUUGGAGCCACAGGCAAAUUCUGGGCCCACGAGCAUUGGGACCUCCCGUCUCCGCCAGACAUGGUCACUUUCUCAAAGAAGGCACAGGCAGCAGGUUUCUAUUUUGGCGACGCCGGCCUACGACCCGACAAGCCCUACCGGCAGUUCAAUACUUGGAUGGGCGAUCCCGUACGUGCGCUGCUGUUCAAGGCGAUUUACGGAGAGAUUGAGAAGCACGGGUUGAUUGAGCAUACGGCGCGGGUCGGCGGGUACCUGUACGGGGAGCUGGAGGCGCUGGCGGGCAAGUACCCCCAACAUGUGUUGAACCUUCGUGGCAAGGAUCGCGGGACGUUUAUUGCGUGGGAUUGUCCACGGAGGGACGAGGUCUUAGCACUGGCUAAGUCAAAGGGAGUGAAUAUGGGCGGUAGCGGUGAUGCAGCUAUCCGGUUGCGGCCGAUGUUGGCGUUUGAGAAGCAUCAUGCCGAUAUUUUCCUCGAAGUAUUGGAAGGGGUAUUCAGGCGGCUAUCAUAGGCUCAAGCAUUGUCAAGGACAUGCCUUGAUCAAGGAUAAAACGACUGAUCUAUAAGCAAAAUAUACAAAAGACCAUUCUCGAAGAUAGAAUCAAAUAUAAGCACGCCCUUCGGUGGGUCGUCUGGAGUCAAGAUAUCUUCGCCAAGUGGCAAUUGGUGUCGAUGAUGAAAAAAGCUGGAGUGACGCGAUGGAGCAGCGCAUUGUGCAAUUCGUGGGGCAGCUUGGCACCUUCACAGCUCUCGUCCACGGGCAGAGAUUGGUAAUCUGUUCCAAGCUUCGACCCCUGUUUGGAAGGCCAGCGCGAGCUGGUUGAAUGCGCUUUAUAAACUACCUGUCGAUACCUCCUCAAAUCC